UCAUCACUAAAAAACCAGUGUUCGCAGUCUUGCACAACGCUAAUGCAAACACAGUAGCCUGAUAACAUUUAACUCGUUUAAUAUCGGUUGGUGAGAGACGGGGGAAAAAAUGCAAACGAGACUUCAGAUAAUCUUCAUUCUCACGUUUCUCCUGCAAGCAUGGAGACCAGCUUUGGCACAGACGGCCACCCCAGAGCAGCCAGACUCGAGAGGAAUUCUGCAGAGGCUAGCAGACAGAGCUGGGCAAGCCAAGGCUAAAAUCACGUCCAUUGGAGAGACAGUUGCUGGCUUCGCUGGUGCUUUUUAUGAAGACCACAUCCAACCAGUGGCUGGAAGCUACGUUGACUGGGCUUCUAACAUGAGAAGUUCACUGUGGGAGAAGGUUCAGACAGCCGUUGACAACUACAUGCCCACUAAGCAGUAAAAAUGAGAAAGAAAUGAGAAAUGAAUUGCUUUAUUAUCAGCUUUUAUGUUUAACUCUCUUUGGUCUCCAUUUCUGCUGUUUUCCUCUGAGCCUUGCUAACUGUGAAUAAUGAGCGCAAAUGAAAUAAAACUUACCUAAAACAACUUUA